CCUAUCGAGUGCCAUUGGCCAAUUUUUAUCAGCGACCUGAAGCUUCAAUGACAUCUCAAUGUGCCUAACUGAAAAGCCUAAGGGUUACUGCAAAUUCAAAAAGGUCAUGAGUGUCAAGAACCAGUUGGUCCCAAUAACUCGAGUUAUUGGGAGAAGGUUCUGCUGGAUCUUAUACCACUCUCUAACACGCCCCCUCAAACGAAAGCCAAUCCAUGGGCUUGAAGUUUGCACGGGCCCACCAUACCUUGUGCUUUAAUCAACUGUUAAUAUUGGGGGUCGUGGAGAUUCGAACACACGACCAUUUGGCCAAACCAGCUCUGAUACCAUGUCAAAAACCAGUUGGUCCUAAUAACUCGAGUUAUUGGGAGAAGGUUCUGCUGGAUCUUAUACCACUCUCAAACAAUGAGCAAUUCAUGUUAUUACUGUAUUCAAUAGUUCAGAAAACAAACACACAAACCUAAAGCAGCCAUUCGCAUCUUAGUAGCGGUUCUAUCAAAUAUACUACUUGGAAACCGAAGCAAAACAAUCUCAGUUGCUCUUACUUUUAACUUAGUCGUGAUUUGAAUGUAAUACCAACAAGUCAACAGAAGUCAAAAGGUCAACAACUAAUAAUACUGUCAAGAACCUGUUGGUCCCAAUAACUCGAGUUGUUGGGAGAGGUUCAAUCGUGAAUCUUAUACCAUUCUCUAACACGCCCCCUCAAACGAAAGCCAACCCAUGGGGGCUUGAAGUUUGCACAGGUCCACCAUACCAUGUGCUUGAAAGACAACGGUUAAUAUUGGGGGUCGUGGAGAUUCGAACACAUGACCUUUCGGUUCUAGGCUCUGAUACCAUGUCAAGAACCAGUUGGUCCCAAUAACUCGAGUUGUUGGGAGAGGUUCAAUCGUGAAUCUUAUAUCAUUCUCUAACAAAUACUCUCCUCUGUUUCGGCAGAAAAUGAAAGGGGCCGCUUCUCUCUGUGGCCUGUGGUGGGACCCAAAUUCCUACAUUAAGAAACACUCCGAACCUGACGCGCCUGUGCUUCCUUUUAGCCAUUCUCAGCAAACAACAGCAAGCUCCAAACUUCCCACAGCUCUCUCAGCCAUUCUCAGUCUGCCUUGGACUCAUAGCAGCAAAGGCAACCCAUUUUCCUUCUUCACUCCUCUUCCAUUCUUCUCAACUCCCCCUUCUUCAAACCCACAAAAUAAAACAACUGUUUCUCCUUCAGAAAACUACUCCAAUGACGACCCAUUUCCUGAAGCAGCUCACUGAAGAGACCAUCAGUCACAAGAGAAUGGUAAGCCCUUCAAAAAGUUCUGUCCUUUUCUUUUCAUGUUCAUCGAUUACGGUUUUGUAAAGCUUGUUCAUUUACUUUGUCAAAAAAUUUCUCUCUGUUUAUGUUUCAGCUGAUUCCUGGGGAGUUUGUGAAGAAAUGUGGGAGAGAAAAUUUGACAAACCCGGUAGUCCUGGAGCCAACAGUUGGAGAUCCAAGGGAGAGGGAGAUGGAGCUAUACGAAGUUGGUGGUGGGUUUUUGGUUGAGAAAUGGUUGGCAGGAGUUGGUAGAUCACUACAAACUCAGCCAUGGAUGUUAUCUACUCUUUGAAUACAAGAGCUAUUCAAGGUUUAAGCUUUUGAUGCUUGGGACAAAUGGGCUAGACUUGGAGCUUCCUGCUUCCAGUUUUGUCAAUGUUGGAUCGAAUGGGAACCAGGAGUUCCCAGAAGCUGCGGAGGAAGAGAGUGUAGAUGCUCAUUCUGUGGAGAUCUUAGAGGUGGGUGCAGGCUCAUCAGUGGUUAAGGAGAUGAACACCAAUAAUGAAGGUGGUAGAAAGCAGCCAGCCCAGCCGCGGUCUGCAGAGAAUGCAAUGCAGAAAGGGGUCAUCAAUGCUAGGAAAAGGAGAAUAGCUUAUGAUGGAGAGAGCAGGCAAGUGAAACAGGAUGCUCCAAGGAGAAAUAGAGCUAAUAGAAGCCCCUUUGGAAGGGACGAACCAGCUUCUUCUAGGAGGCCUUCUAGCUCAAAGCCUGGCAGACCCAUAAAUACUGAAGAUAUAGAUGAAGAUAUAGCAAAAUUCACUGGAUUAUCUUUGAUGAAUGACAUGAACUACAACAACAAUGGAGAUGGUGAUGGAAGACAGCCGUGGCUUGCUGAGAAUGCCAACCACGAAGAGUACAUGAGAACCGGUGACAGGAAAAGGAGAAGAACAGCUGAGGGUGGACAGCAUAAGAAAGUGAACAAGGAACCUCUAAGGAGAAGUAGAGGUAACGGGAGCUCAAUUCCAUUCAUGGUUGAACAUGAAGUCGAACCUCCUUCUAUGGAACCUUCAAGCUCACGGCACAGUAGACCAACAACUGAAGCUGCAAAUGGGUUUGCUUCGCAAACUGAUUUUCUCCAAGUUAUUGUCUCAAAAAGUUCCUUGGCUAAGAAAGGCUUGAGGAUGAAGGGAGGUUUUGUUGAAAGGCAUAUCACCGAUUGGAAAGAUAAAAUAGUGGAGCUUCAGGUUGAACAAGAAACAUGGCCAGUGGGUAUUGUAUCAGACCAUGGUGUCCCUACUCUUUCCAGAGGCUGGUUGACAUUUGCGCGUCAGAACUCUUUGAAUGUAGGGGACACUCUCAUAAUCGUUCCCACAACCACUGAAGGUUUUCUCACAGUUCAUAUUCUACGUGGUUCUUACAGGAAAGCUACUUGUUAGCUAGGAAAUUGGAUUGUUUGUUUAGGUGAUUUUCGAGAAUGAUUAUCAUGGUAAGUUGUCAAAGGAAUCUGUUCAGUAUCUGAUAAUGUUGCUAAUCCGCUGUUGAAUGUUAUCAGCUUAUGUUGAUGUUUCUAUUUACUAAUGUUAAGGAAUGUUUCUGAUAUGUAGAAUUAAACAAUUGGGAGGUGGAAUCUAACAAAAGCUCUAGUUUUCUAAACCCUUCUUAGUCGUCAUUGAUGUUCUUCUAAAAUGUGUUCUUCAGAAAGAAUUUGUUAUGAUUAUAUUCAUUACUAAAUGCUGAGAUGGAAC